AUGGAGGAGGCAGAGGACACAGAGGACGUGGCCAAGGUGUCCAAUCUUCCACGUCUGCUCCACGAUCCUGGUCCACAUCUGACCCACAAUCCAGGUUCACUGCUGCCCCGUGAUCAUGGUGUCGAUGUGGUUCAUGGUAUCGUUAAUGGUGAGGAGUCCAUUCCACACAGCCGCCCAUACAUGGUCUACAUGUAUGACAAACGAAGACGUGAAGCAUGUGGUGGAUUUUUGAUCAGGGAAGAUUUUGUGAUGACGGCUGCCCACUGCAAACAAGAAAAUCUCAUGGUGUAUUUGGGUGUUGAUGACACAAAUCGAUUACCUGAGGGUAUAGAGGUCGAUGCCUUUCCACAUCCAGAUUUUGCAAACAAGAAAGGUCAUAACGACAUCAUGCUACUAAAGCUUAAAACAAGAGCAACUCUGAACGAGAAUGUGAAAACCAUUGGCCUGCCAAAAACUAAGGGAGAGGCAUUUUCAAGUAACUGCAUGGUCAUGGGUUGGGGCUGGCAAGAAUACACUCACACGUCUCCAUCAAGUGUCCUGAAAGAAGUGAACUUGACUCUUAUUCAAAACUGUGCCCCACCUCACACUAUAUGCACUGAGGGAGGAACCGGGCCAGCACGGGGAGACUCUGGCGGUCCACUUAUUUGUGGAAAUGUCCCACACGGCAUUGUGUCUUACUACAAUGACUCUGCAGGCUACAAAACGAUGUAUACUAAAAUCUCUCACUACCUUCCAUGGAUUAAUCAAUUAAUGAAUGCACACAAACUAUGGAAAGCAAAGCUGGAUGCAUUUAACAUAUCUGAUAUUAGAGUGUGUAUGAUUGUAAAAAUUACCAGUCCAUAAUCCUGAUCAAAUUAUUACUUUCUGCAGCUACAACCUACAUGGUAUACUUGUAUAGAGCUCGGGAAUCUGACGUCACAGACGAAAUGAAACGCAAUGUUUAUGGUCACGAAGUUGCGUUGGACGCUGUGUAGACUGGUCAAAUAGCUGCCAAAGAUUGCAUUUUACAGACUAAAAGACGUUUAAAUAGCGAAAACUCUUGCUGUGUAAUUAACUGUCAUAACCG